UUCACAGUGACAGAACAUAAAACAAGAGUUAAUGUAAUCUCGAGCAAUCGAACAUUAUAAUUUUGAGGCUAAAUUUGUCAAAAUAAGUUUUAUUUAUUGCUGAGCGAAUGACAUGAAGAAAAUGGACUUCCAAAACGUAAACCCUCUAAAUGUUCGAUUAAAUAUAAUCUCAGGCAAUUUGUUACCGAUGACUAGCGACGAUUCGCCGUUUCCUGUAGUGUGGAGAAUAUACAACAUUGUUAUAUGGCUAAUUCAACUGAUUCAAACCAGCGCGACGAUCUGCGGAUUUGUGUCAGUGGCAAAUCGUGAGACUCUGCAGGAUGGUGGAACGAUCAGCAUCGUGGUGAGCGUUGAAGUAUUCAUUUUGCUCACGCGUAUGUACGUCCACAGAAAUCUAGCGAGUCAAUUAAUCCAAAAGCUGAAUAGCAUUCUGGACUCUGAGGACGAGAAUAUGAAGAAUAUUGUGCGUUCAACCCUGAAACCAUUAGAGAUUCCGCUCGAAUUUUACUGCAUAGCUGGGACUGGAUCUGUAAUACUAUGGUGCUGUACACCACUCGCGCUGAUCUUUAAGAAGAAAUAUUUCCUCUACGAAGAUUUUGGACUGAUGGCAGCCUUCUCGAAGCAGCCGUUCUCAACAAGAGUUUUUGUGCUGGGCAACCUUAUUGAAACCGUUGCUAGCGCUUACAUGUUUCUAAAGAAAGUUUCCAUGGAUGUCUAUAUCAUAAAUCUCGUAUUACUGUUGACAGCGCAGUAUCGCUACGUCGCGGUGGAGCUCGCAAAAAUACUUCGCAAUGAUGCUUCAAAAAAUGAGAACUAUGAAUCCCAAAAAGAAUAUUAUUCUGUAAAUUUAUUGGCGGAGAAAAAGAUGAAGGUGUUAUGUCGACAUCAUAAUACUAUAAUUCUCAUGACGUUGAUGUUAAAGAAAUUUUUAUCCUGGAAUAUGAGUUUGAUAUACUUAAAUAAUAUUUUCCUUUUCUGUUUUGUCGAUUUCCUCUUUAUAAAUGCAGUGGUAUCGGGGGCUUUCCUCAAAGGAUCUAUACUCAUUGUAUAUAUGUGUGGUCAAUUAAUACAGCUUUAUAUUCUGUGCUUCUGCGUUCAUCAAUUAUUAGACGCGAGUAAAGAAAUGACAGAUGGAGCAUUCCAUGAGAAAUGGUAUCAAUUUGGACCAUCGCUAAAACAUAUAUUCAGGAUGAUUAUAAUAGCCAAUAAUUUAAACAGUAAACUUUCGAUUUCUGAAAAGUUUAGUCUGUCUCUCCCUUCAUUUUUAUCGAUUUUAAAUCAAUCAUAUUCGAUUGCUCUUUUACUUUUCAAAGUGAAAUAAAAAAUGACGAGAAUAUUUAUUCUGUC